AUGGCCUUUCUGCCCGAGCAACUAGCCGUUCAAGUCACAAUUUCCACAUAUAUCCUUGUUGGAACGUCAGGCGCCCUCGUCUGGAAUAUCCUCAGCAACAUUCAUAGCGAUUUCCACUUGCUGGUCCGAUAUCCUAUCAAGCUUCCUACCAUCGCAUAUUUCUUCUCCAGGUUGGCUGCACUGGGGUAUGUGGUAUUGAGUACAACAUUCGAAACGGCACCUAUCAGCGGUCCGUGUUUUAACUUCAACAAAGGUGUCGACUGGAUGUUCGCCAUUGCUAUGUCUUCGACGUCAUUUCUUUUCCUCAUCCGUGUUCUGGCCAUCUUCCACCGUCAUAAAUACGUCAGGGCCUUUUUUAUUCUCAUGUGGCUUGGUGUUGUGGCGGGGGUUUUGACUGCCACCCAGGGUGUCAUCGGCGGCAGCAUUGGACCGACAGAGUAUUGCAUGGUGUCGCAAGCCAAGCCAUAUGUUGGAGCUGCAGUGGUCGUGCCGCUCGUCAAUGAUACAUUGGUAUUCCUCGCUAUUUCAUGGAAGCUCAUGGGCAACACUUGCGUGGAAAAUCCGACCCUGAAAUCGGAGCUGCGGGCGUUCUUCCGGGGCAACUACUUACCGGCAUUAUCAAGAGGUCUUCUGAAGGAUGGCCAGGUAUACUACCUAACGACGGUGUCGACAAACCUUGUGACGUUUAUCGUCUUCUUCAUCCCCUUCAUACCACCUGCCUACCGAACUAUGUUCUCAGUACCAAAUGUCAUGCUCAUGAACGCAAUGGCAUGCCGAGUCUACAAACGUACGAAGUUUGGUCUCUACAGAGAGUCGGCAGACUCGGUGGGCCUGGACGACCUACACCUAUCCUCCAAGAAUGGCGCUGUUUCGAUACCUCUUACCUUUGCCCUUCCAACCAUUAAUACAUCAAUUUGA